GGACGCGCGCCAUGGACGCGCUGUUCGCGCUGCUCCGCGCGCUGCGCCUGGCGCUCGACCUGCUGCUGCUGGUGCUCGACCUCAACUUCUUCCUCGUCUCCUCCGCGGCGCUGCGGGGCCGGGAGCUGGCGCAGCGCGGGCUGGGCGCGGCGCUGGGCUGCGGGCAGGCGCUGGGCCGGCAGGCGUGCGAGGCGCUGGCCAUCGCGGGCAGCCUGCUGAUGUACCUGGCCAACAGCCUGGUCAACGUGUGCCUGCUGGGCGCGCAGAACCUGCUCACGCUGCUGGCCGCGCUCUGGGACUCGCUGGCGGGGCCGGCGCUCCGGCUGUCCGAGCUGCUCGCCGCCUUCCUGGCGCACGUGUCCAGCGGGGCCAUCGCCGUGUCCAUCCUGCUGUGGUCGCCCUGCCAGCUGGCCCUCGAGCUGCUCUGCACCACCGCCCAGAUCUUCGUCAGCGUCUUCUUCGUCAACGUCUACGGGCUGGGGUUGCUCCUCCUCAUCGUGGCGGUGGGCACCUUCCUCCUCAACCCCGGGCUGCUGUGGACGCUGGUGGGACACUUCCUGGGCUACUUCCAGGGAUACUUCCUCGCUCUGCCCACCUUCCAGCGCCUGAAGAGGGACGCGUGGCGGCUCUACCAGGUGGCCGUCCUGAGCGUGGGCAUGGCCAUCACCUCCCAGCCCUGGCGCAGGCUGGCGGACUGGGCGCUGCAGGUCACGGACUGGAGCCUGCAGGUGACCAACUGGAGCCGAGGAGGCAGAGGGACGAACCGGGGCAGCGACCAGCGAGGGGCUGUGGCCGUGCCCAGGGCGCUGGGCCGGCUGCUGGACGAGGAGCAGGUGGCACAGCCGCGCCCCGGGAAUCGCGCUGGGACGGCCCAUGGCAGGGUGGCCGUGGGCAGGCUGCUGGAUGAGGAUGAGGAGCGGCUGGAGGCAGGACACAUGCCACUGCCACGCCCUGCUCUGAGCCGUGCUGCCGCAGCACAGCGGCCCCAGGCAGGCAGGCAGGAGCCAGGCACGUCCUGGGGGAAGGCUCCCAGGAAGCAGCAGCUGAACGCGGCAGCCGGGAACGCCGAGGGAGCGCCGGACGACGACCCCUGGGCGCUGCUGAAAGAGCAAGAGGAGCGUAAGAAGUGUGUCAUCUGCCAAGACCAAACCAAGACAGUGCUGCUGCUGCCCUGCAGGCACCUGUGCCUGUGCCAGGAGUGCACAGAGGUGCUCCUGCAGCAGGCCAUCUACCAGCGCAACUGCCCGCUGUGCCGCCAGAUGAUCCUGCAGACCCUCAACGUGUACCUGUGAGCCCCACGGCACAGGGGGUUGGGUUGUUUUCCCACGAGCAGGUCAAAGGCACGGCCCUGCCUGCACUUCCCAGGGCUACCCCGAGCAGCUUCCAAAGAACUGAGGAUGGUGCUGGAAGGGCAGAGCACUGUGGGGGUGUCUGCUGGUCACGUUUGCUACGUACCUAGGUUGUAGCUCUUGCUAGCAAGCACAGCACUGAUCUCUGCAGGGGGCUGGAAGAGUUACCUGGGUUUUUUUUUUUGUUGACCACUUUUGCUGUUUUCAAGGCCUGUUGUGUGCCUCGAGCCUGCAGCAGCCUGAGAUCCAAAGCAGAGCGAUGUUCUGGUCCCUCGUAGCCAAAGCUGAUGGAAAAGUGAAAGGCUCUGCCCUCCUGGGAAUCAGAGGGGCUGGUGCAAGGCACGGGAGGAGUUUUCCCAAGAUCUCACUAGAAAACUACCUGGCUGGCUGCAUUCAGGCCUCUGUUUUCUCCUCCCACCAUGGAAGUGGAAGAGCUCCCUGGGAAGGGGGAAGAGAGUUCCGUGGGAGAGGAAGGAGCACACUCAAGUUUUUUUGGCUCUGCUCCCAGAGGGCUGAGCCUGGCUCCCAGCUGGAGAUCAGAGUUUCCUGGGGUACUUCAGCAUCCCAGCCACUCAGUGGCUUUGGUUUUUGAGGGAUAUCCCUUGCCAGGACAGCGUGGAGCCCUGCAGAGCUCAGUGUUGCUGCUGCUUCCACGCAUCACCUAUGCAAGACUAGCAAGCACACGUCAGGUUUUCCUGCAAAGGGAGGCUGGAGGGAGUUACUCUUUCUGCUUGGGGAACCUGAGAAGUGGCCACCCAGCCACUGCUCCCAGCCCUGGCAGCAGCAGCAGCCCAGCUCUGAGCCAAGGGUGGAGAGCCCUCUCCAGAUAAUACAUAUUUUCAGGCUCAGAGCGCCCUGGAACGGGCAGGUUCACACCAGAGCUUUGCUUGCUCCUUCCCGGGCUGGGCUGGCUAGAGGGAGGAACUCUUUGGGAGGAGAGAGGGGACACCCCAAAGCUCCUGGGAGCUCACAGACAUUCCAGCUCCAGGCACAAGCUCUGCACAUCUGCUGGGAUCUGCAGUUGUGUGCACGGAGCAGCACCAGGACCACGGAUACCUUGGAUUAGGGCAGGGUUGUUCUGUUGUUUUGUCUUACUGUCUGUCACAAAUGUAGCUGGUUUUAAAGUGUCCACUGAAGUCUAAUGAGAGCAUCUGCUCCUGGCUGGGGAGGCCUGAGGUGGCUCAUCCCAGCUUGGGCAACCAGCACCAUUCCAAGAAACUGCUGGGCUGCCAGGGGGCCUUGCACUUAAAAGCUUUUCCUUUUCCAGCUGCUUGCCUGAGGUCAGCCACACGCCACAGCCAACUUUGGCUGCAGCCAGGCUGGAGAGAGCUGACUGCUGCACUGCAAGCCAAGAGCCUGAGGGCAGUUGGCAUGCUUUUCCUUCUCUAUUUCCCCUCUUGAUUAGCAAUUUAAGCCAAAACAGAGGCAGCAGAGAGGCCUGGAGUGCUGAGAGAUGCCUCUGUGCUGUAAAACUGAGCUGUGGCAAGGCACUGUCUUGUUGUUGAGUGGCUUUGCUCUGGAAGGCACUGCCAGGGCUGUUUUCCCUCACAUUUUUUGGGAGCUGGAGGGACUCCCUGGCCCUGGGGCCGUCAGCUGCUUCCACUUCACUUCAAAGAGACGCAAAGCUCCCUGUUACUCAGCCUCUUGUCCCUGUGCCUCCCACACACCUCCCUUGGUAAUUAAUGUUUGCUCUCUCCAGCCACCAACACUUGCAGUUGAGUAGCCAAGCUCUCACCAAAGCAGUGAGUGUGACCCCCCAGGCUGUGCUCCCUGAGGUCUGGCUUUGUCCCAGGGGAGACAGGGAGCUGCACCCUUCCCUGGCUGUGCCUCUGGAGUCACACAGGAGUGGGAGUGUGGCCGUGCCUCUGGCCACAGGCAGCAGCUUUUGGUCAGGACCAGCUCAUGGAUCGUUGGGUGCAAUAUUUCCUACAUGAGUUACAGGGUGAAGGGGAGAGAAGGACACCUCCCCAAAAAUGCAGUUUGUUCCCUCAAACCUUUUUUUUUGUUGUAGCAGUCACGCUUGUUGUUUUAGGGCCUGUUUGUCUGCUGUUUAUAAAGAGAAAGCUUUGCCUUAACUCUUUGCACUAUGGACUAGAUACUGAGCAGAUUAAAGUCUCCUUUACCAAAAGA